AUGACUAGCCUUUUUGCAGCAGCAGCAGCUGCUGCUGCUGCUGCUGCGACUAGUGCUGCUGCUGCUGCGACUAGUGCUGCUGCUGCUGCUGCUGCACGCUCAGGCGCAGCAGCAGGAGGAGCUCUUGCUGUGCGCGCCUACAGCUGUGUAGGCUGCGGCAUUAGAAGGUUUUCCGCUGCUGCUGCUGCUGCUGCAGUGGCAGCUCCGGCAGUAGCUGGUACAGCAACGGGAAGUGCUGCAGCAGCCACACCUGCUGCUGCUGCAGCACUAAUUGCGAAGAAGUGCCGCAUCAGCAUAAAUGCCUUAUCAGAGGCCGAUCUCAGCAGCAAAGCUGAGGCUGCCGCAGCAGCGCAAGCUGCGUUCCUCAGCAGCAGCAGCAGUAGCAGCAGCAGCAGCAGCAGAGUAUUCAGCGUGUCUAUUGGGGGCACCCCCGUAAAGACAUCGGAGGGGGUUGAACUGCUGCUGCCUUCCCGUGCAGCUGCUGUUGCUGUUGCUACAGAAGCGCUGCGGGUGCAGCGGUACGUGCAGCAGCAGCAGGAGCUGCUGCUGCAGCAGCAACAGCAGCAGAUGCAGCAGAAGCAGCAGCAACAAGGUCGGCAGCUGCCGCUGUACCUCCUGAGGCGUCCUUUGACAGGUCUGCUCGCCUUCGCCCAGGACGUGUCCUUUCAGCAGCAGCAGCAGCAGAAGCAGCAGCAGCAAGGGCAGCAGCAGCAAGGGCAGCAGCAGCAAACGCUGCAGCAGCAAAUCGUAGAAGAACUGCUUACGUUCAUAGAAACGGACACAGCGCUCUGCCGCGAGGCUUCUGCGCAGCCUGAGUCCCUGCUGCAGCAGGACACAGCAGCAGCAGCAGCUGCUGCUGCUGCUGAAGAGGGCAGCAGCAGCAGCACCUCGGCCUUGCUGCAGCAGCAGUGCCGCAGCUGGGAACUCCGUGCUGCAGUGCUGCUGCAGGAGCAGCUGCUGCUGCCGCCAAUUGUUGCUGCUUUCAGCAGCAGACACAAAGUGCUGCUGCGGAGCAGCGAGGGCAUACAGGCAGCAACGCAAACCCCCGAAACCUUGCAGCGUUUGCGGGCGUAUCUGCAGCAACUGACGCCGCUGCAGCUGGUGGUGCUGCAGGCUGCUGCAGGGCAGCUGCGCUCUGUGAUCAUUGCUGAUGAGUUGCUGUUUGGCUCCGCGCUGCAGCAGCAGCCAGCUGCUGCUGCUGCUGCUGCUGCUGUGCCUGCUGCGGGAGGGAGCGCGGGUCAGAGUGCUGCGAGUGCUGCGGCAGACGGCCCUCCUCAGGCAGCAGCAGCAGCAGCUGGAGAAGGUGCUGCUGACGCCGCCACUGCAGCAGCAGCAGCAGCAGCAGCAGCGUCAGCAGCAGCAGUAAGGAGGGCCUGGGAAGCUAGCAGCAUUGAGACGCAGCAGCAGCAGCAGCACUGCGGCACU